AUAUAUCCGAUGCAAGCUCUCCUCCAAAGCAGGGGUGCGUGAACUUUCUCUGAACUUUUGCUACCAGUGGCACUCUGCCCGCUAAGUUUACGCUGGAAAACUCCAAAUAUUGUGUUCUGCUUUAGUUCAGGGCCUUGUUCGGUAAUUAAACACGAUAUGGUUCCGACAUUCCACUAGUGAAAACAGGCAGCGGCUGGCUUGUGUCGGCGGCACGCACCAGUACCAAACACACCACUGUCGGGGUCGACCCACGGGCCUCUAUACGCCAAAAUUACAUCCCGAACAUCUGUUUACUUCACUUAGAUUGACGAGUCACAGACAACUUGAGAGGGAACGUUUGUCUUGCUUCUACAGUCCCAACCAAUAAAUUUUCAAACUGAACACAAGUGAACAAAUAACUACCAAGUUAAGUCGAUGUAUGUUUGCGUCUAGCUCUUCUUUUAUGUCUCCUCGAUCUUGCCUAUCACAAAUUAUACAGAAGACACAAGGUACACCUAGGUUAACAGUGUGUUGCCAUCUUGCACUGGGUUCACCUGAAUACAUCUACAGAGUUGGGAUAUUUUGGACGGUUUUCUAAUCUUUGUUGUUUUUUAACUGAAUAUCUGCCGAACAGUUCUGAACUCUGGAUAUGACGUCCUUGCGUCACAUUUGCAUCUCUUCGUAGAUCGCCUUUCCAUUUAUCAUGACAUAAAUCAAUCCAGCAAGAUUUAUCAACUACGCAAUCCGCGAAAAUGUGUUUAAUAACGUGAAGUACUUGUAAAAAUGUGUGUUGAUUACUCAGACUACAAAAAUAUGAUAAUUUAUCAAAACAUGUUAACUACUCGGUCUGUAAAAAGCAAUCAGUUUUUGAAGUGUGUUAACUUCUCAACAUCUGUAGAUAAACUAUCAAAGCGCACGUACAGGUCCCGUCAUUAAUGCAAGAUGUAGUAGAUCUAGAUAUCCUCCUCUGUCCUACAGGUUCAUGUACGUCCCGAACACAUGUCCAUAGAGACCCUGGCGUCCAAACAGACAUGUCCCUGUCUAUUACUGCGACGUUGUCCUGUCGAUUGUGGGCGGAAAUCAUUAAAGGUUUUCUCCGUCUGUCCUUCCUCCCCCGUGACACGUGAGAUCGUGAGAUUCUUCCUAUCUGUCAGUCAACUGUCCCCGAAGAAAAUAAUGGCAACUGAAUGAGCAAAUUUCACGUCCCAGAGGAAUGGAACCGCGAGCUUCCGUUCUGGGAUUGACUGGGGCGUGGUGUGACGGGCUCUGUCAUCAGAACCUGAUUGGGACUGAUUUGGCUGGACCUUAUUCUCCGCUUGACGGUUAGCACAUGUCGCUUAAUAGCCAGUUGGAGACCGUUUGGCAGAGGUCCGCAAGUGUAAAUCUCGGCCGUUAGGAAGGACAUUUCUUGUCAGUAUUUACAGAUAGCGACAGCGGACACUUUGUGGCUGGUACGGACACUCAUGCCAUUUGGCACCUGUAGCCGCCUUAGGAUGGAGCUCGCGGCUGACUGGCCUGAACACUGAAACUUUUCCUCAGAAUCAUCCGCCAACUUUGGAGACUGCGGUAGCAGAAAGAAACUCCAUUUCGUCUCUUUUUAAACUAACUCGUAGUUGGACAAAUCUCAUGUUUAUUUCAAUACCGAUUAAGACUGACGUCUUGAGGCUGUGUCCUCUAAGAGUGGCUUAACACCGGGAAGAGCCAUUCCCGCCAAAAGUGUCGUCUUGAGCAGACACCUCGCCGUCUGACGGAGUCUGGUGCGUCCCCCGGCUGUCGAUCACCGUGCGGCCCGGCGUGAGCGACAGGAGAUUGACAGGCGAGUGGCCGCAGCCGCCCCGAGGCCAGCACUGCUCGUGUGAGUCUACCAUGAUGCAGGUGCACCGGCCAGACGUUGUUCUUCUUGCCAGGACGUACAGUUUCACACCUGAAGACGUCGACUUUUACUUGUACGGCAGGAACCCCGUCCGUACCGUCCAACUGCCCGGGCUGAAGAGGAAGCCACAAGACCCGCAGUGGUGUGACCUUUGUAAGGAGGAUCACCAGGGAGAGUGCCCAGUCCACGGCCCGCUGCACUCUCUCAGGCGGAUGGUAAGCGGCGCUCCUACCGACCAGAAGCAACACUGCCAACAGUACCCGUACGCCGUCACCAGUCUACCAGACGAGGUGACGCUGUGCCACAGCAGCAUCCCGGGGGAGGGGUACGGCAUCUGCGCCACCAGGACCAUACCUGUCGGCACGUGGAUCGGACCUUAUGAGGGGGUGCGCAUGCGCUCAGGAGAAAUUCCAUGUGCCGUGAAAACAACCCAUUUCUGGGAGAUGUAUGACAACGGAAUGUUCAACCACUACAUUGACGGGACCGACGUGCGCCGAGCCAGCUGGAUGCGGUACAUCAGAUGUGCGCGUCAUCGGGCCGAACAGAACAUGGUGGCUACACAGUACAAGGGCUGUAUCUUCUAUAAGAUUUUCAGAGAAAUUAAGACUGGCGAGGAGCUACUGGUGUGGUACGACCCCGACUCCUACAUACAGUUCAUGGGCGUUCCGCUAGGGCGCAGAAUCAAGGAUGAAGACAUCACAGCGCCACCAUCGGUAACCAUGGUAUUGCAGAAGAGCGGGAGUCAAUCAUCAUCCGAGAUGGAAGCUGACAAAAUAGAGACUGAUUCUUCCGACACGGCCUCACUCAACGGACACACAGCUUCGUCCCAGAACAGAUCCUCACGGUAUAGCUCUUUCCGGACAAACCCGCCCAAACACACGGGGAUAUUCAGCGCUAGGCCGAGCCGCCAGAGGCGCCCUAACAACACAGUUACUCAGUCGUCACCUGACCAGGCCGAGGUGCUGGGACAGCGGGACGCACAGGGGACAUCGCAGCUAUCGUCCGCGGGCAGGAACAGCGAUUUCUCCGACUGGAACCUGUGGAAAUGUGGCCAGUGCUUCAAGACGUUUACACAGAGAGUGUUGCUGCAGAUGCACGUGUGCUCCCGUAACCCGGACAGGCCAUACCAGUGUGGCCACUGCACACAGGCCUUUUCCCAGCCAAUAGACCUGCGGAACCACGUGGUGACACAUUCCAGCGAUCGGCCCUUCAAGUGUGGGUACUGUGGCCGAGCGUUCGCCGGGGCCACCACUCUCAACAACCACAUCCGGACACACACGGGGGAGAGACCCUUUAGAUGUGGCAAGUGUAAAAGACGUUUCUCCCAGGCCACCCAGCUCAGCAGACAUCAGAGAACAUCCGGGGACUGUCAACAGGAGCCUGGGAACGAGACCGAAACAGACGAGCAGAGCGAAGCCUCAGCGUAGCUUUCCCUCUCGUUCCACACCCCCGGGACGAUAGCGUAUCUCACGUAUAUGUUAAGUGAUAAAAUGUACGAGUAUAGAUAAAACUACUGAUUUAGGUAUAAGGUCACAUUAGGUAAAUUUUGUGGAUGACACCUUAUGCUGACUACAAAUUCAAUGCACUUGGGCGAGAAAAAAUGGGUAAAAACAAGAUGCCCAUAUACACUGUAUUUUCAAAUUUGGAGACCGGUACCCCAGACUUGACUUGAAGAGACUUGACUUGACUUGGUAUCACAACCAACAAGGCCCUGAUAUAUUUUUACAUUUUUGUCAUAUGUCAAUCAAUGCUGAAGGGUAACAAAAUUCUUUUUUUUUCCCCCGAAAUCAGGUGAAAAUCAAUGCGUACUGAUGUCAUUCAUAAAAUCUACUUGCUGUGCUGGACCCAAUUCCUAAUCAAGGCCAGUUUAUCCAUUUAAUGUAUGGGUAAGAAACGUAUUCUGUGUAAUACCUCAGUGUGUUGUAUGAAAAAAUCACAGCUUCGUCCAUUAAAGUUGUACUUUAUUGAUGAUUCUUA